AUGUCUGGUUCCCUUCCCCGUCAAAUGUGCCUGGCCGAUCCUGACAGCAGACCGCUAUUUCUUGAGCCGGGGAUAAAUGGAGGUAUUGAAUCGCAGGCCGCGAGGCUGUUCCCCUCGGCUUACCUGGAUAUGAGCCAACCGGUUGAAUCUACACGAGACCCAGGCCUCAAACCAAAACCGCGAAAGUUGAUUGUGUGCAUUGAUGGCACUUCCAAUCAGUUUUCGGAGAAGAACACCAACGUGGUCGAGCUCUAUAGCCGUAUAACCAAAGACUCGACACAGCUUACCUACUACAACAGCGGUGUUGGGACAUAUGCCCGUCCCUUCUGGUGGUCUUUUGCGUACCUGAAGCAACAGCUUGCAGGCAUUAUUGACUUGAUGAUUGCCUGGAAUUUCGACCAGGUUAUUAUUGGGGCCUAUCGUUGGUUGUCUGAUCACUACCAGCCGGGAGAUCAGAUAUUCUUGUUUGGCUUCUCGCGAGGCGCAUAUCAAGUUCGAACACUUGCGGGGAUGAUCCACACGGUCGGGCUCAUUUAUCCCGGAAAUCAAGAACAAAUCCCAUUUGCCUGGGCAAUAUAUUCUGGUGAUGAGCGAGACUCUGUAAAGAACAAGUUUAAAGAGGCUUUUUGUCGUAAAACGGUAGAUUUGCAUUUCGUCGGAGUUUGGGACACCGUUGCAUCUGUCGGAAUCCUUCCCAGGAAGCCGUUUCCUUUCUCCGACCAGGUCGAACAUAUUACCCACUUCCGUCAUGCCUUGGCACUCGAUGAAUGUCGAGUCAAGUUUCUCCCCGAACACGUUGAGGAGUUCUGUAUAGCCGAGCACUCACAGGAGUAUGUAUGGUUUGCAGGAACACAUUCGGACAUUGGCGGAGGAAAUAAGGCAAACCCUACUUUGGAUCGUGGAGGAGAACCACUCAAAUGGAUGAUGGAAGAAGCCCACGAAAAAGGUCUAUCCGUACGACUCCAUGAUGUCAAGAUCGGUAUUCCUCACGCCGAGGUGACUGAGUCCAUGGGAGUCUCCUCUUUGAUGGGAUUCUUUUAUAUGAUUCUUGAGUAUGCGCCAUUCUUAUGCUGGAAAGAGCAUCUUUCCAAUGGUGAAACUAGAUCGAGGUGGUGGUUUCACAAUAAGAGGGCUCGGGAGGUGCUUCCCUACCAAUCAAUUCACUGGACGGUCAAAGCAAGUCUCAACCAAGGUGAAAAUAAACCAAACACGGCAAACAAAACAUACAGCCCUAAAGCAGUACUCCUGGAUGGACAACUAACAGAAGAGGAAAAAAAGAAAGGUAUCCAGAAGACAAUUGAGUGGGGAAAGCUGCCUAUGGGCUACCAGACGGAAAGAAAACCAGCAUGCAUGGACAAUUAUCAAUUCACGCGCAUGGUGGACAUACUGAAAGAUGAAUGCGGACAUGCUGACGAAGUUUGGUUUGAGAGGCUGCAAAAGCAUGUUCUCGUGGAUAAUCCUGGUAAACCUGAUGCUAUAUGGGCGUACGGAGGACCGCAGUUCCUUGAUAGACUGUUCAAAACAUAUCCAGAUCAACAAGACACCGCAAAGAUAGCCCGUGCAAUCGUUGGCUUUGGUAAAGGAGGUGCUAUUGAAGUCGACCGGUUGCGGGACAUGAUCUUACCUCGCACUAUCCUGUUGCUCAAAAGCUGGGCUGAAGAUAACAUCAAUUCCAAUCCAUCCAAGCCAACUACCUGGGCUCGUAUCAAAGGCUGGCUUGGACUUUCAUCAAAAGAUGUGGAUGAGCCCAACUCUGUUGAUGCCCAAUGGAAUUGGGACCGGAUACCAAAGGAGGCUCGCUCAAUGGCUUUGGCACGCGAGGUUACCAACAUCUUGUCAGAUGUUACGGAAACAAGGACAUUCACUCAAAUCAUACAUGAUGCUAGUGAAACAAUUGCCUAUGGAAUCGCCGCAAUGUUUGACCAAUUGACUGGGGGCUUUGGUGCGCGAAUCGAAAGUGCAGCACCUUGGGAGAAGGAGAAAACGGUUCUUGCGGAGGGCGCUUUGAAUGUGAUAUCGUCUCUCUUCCGACUUGGUAACUAUGCCCCAAGGGAGGCCUUCCGUUGUGAGGGUAUCACGGUUUACAUUCGGCCACUGAUAUGCGCCAAAGAUAAGCACCCCGAGCUAUCUCUCCAAGCCAUGCGUACCACAGCGUUACUAAUGCAGGACCUCUAUUGCGGACAAAGUGUUGCCGACACCGAAAUAAUCCCAGAUCUAGUGAGAAUAAUGCGCGAUUAUAUGGCGGAGGAUGAUUCAGUAAAGCAACAACUUGCGAACGAGGCAUCUAUCACUUUGGCAACAGUGACUAAAGACUAUAUGUGCUGUCGAAAACUUGGGAAUGAUUCCGAGAGCAUGGAGAAAUUGUUUCAAGUCUUGAAAAAAGGGAAAUAUGUCAAAAACGUUCUACAAAUUGUCAAGAACGUUUCAGUUCACUUCUCCGACCUUGUGGAUGAACAUGAAGAUGGCUCAUUCACGCUUGUCAACCCCGCUUCUCAAUAG